CUGAAACGAGAGGAGAGUUAGGUUUCACAAUAAAACAGGAAGUGCAAGACAAGACAUGACGCUCGUGAACAAAACACAUUAACAGACUUGACGAGACACAACAGGCACAAACUUUCAACAUUAAAUAGGAAAUUACAGAACUUCAGACUCAAAAUCAUGACGAUCUCAAUAACUAUUAAAUCGUCAUGAAACGUUGUAAAGACAUUGAUGGUCUCCAGAGGAAGCCUCGUUGGGGAUCCCUGAACUUUUCCACUUGAAGGUCAGACAUUUGGUGCACAGUAGUGCUCAGAAGACUAAACUCUCUAUCUUGUGCAUCUAUCAGGUCAACAGUUGAUUAUAUAUAAUACAUUGGUUUAUGACCCAAUACCUGCAUCAGCCUCAGCUGUACUUUGUAUUUUGUGCUGAUUAGCUAUUGUUGGCAUUGAUAACAUGCUAAAUUAAAAUGGUGAACAUGUUAAGCAUGAGCAUGUUAGCUGAUGUAGCUGAUGCAGCUGAUGUUAGCAUUUAGCUAAAAGCUGUGCUAAUAGCUGCUAGCAUGGCAGUAGACUCCCAGCUUUGUCACAUUGUCUGUAGUAACAACAAGACAAAAGUAAACCCUGAAUAACCAGACUCUUAUUGACAGCAUUGUUUAACACAAUGAAACUGCUGCAUUUCAAUUCAAUAAAUGACUUUGAUUUUUACCAAUGCAUGUGCUGACAUGGAAUAUCAAAUGUAAACAAAAUUGCACCUGAGACAGAAGAAACUUGGCAUUUUAAAUGGCAUUUAAAGGGUGCAUAGUCUCAUAAACGAGAUAUGUAGGCCUUUCACUUUUUGUUGUGAAGAUUCUUUCUAAAAUUCUAAAAUCUAUUGCUUGAAAAAGAUCUUUACCUUUAAAGUUUUGAAGCUCCCAAGAUACAAAAAAACACAAAACAAAAACCCCUCACUUGCAGCCUUUUUAUUUCCUUUUGGAGCGUGGCUCAUCACCAUUACAGCAUGAGACAGGCAUCAGAAUUGGCUUUAUUGGCCAAGUAAGUGUGUACAUGCAAGGAAUCUGACUCUGGUUUUACACUCAGUGUACUUGCAGAGGUAAAAACAAACAGGCACUGACUGAACACUGAACAUAUGGACAGUUCCCAUACGAUUUUCUAUAUCAAUAUAACAUCAUUAAAAAAAAUCCUGUGUGUCUUCCCAAGGGCCUUCAAGAAGCUUGGAGCAUACGGGUUGUGGCAGCAUUAUGCAGGACUCCAGUGACUGGACUAAACUUGAACCUGAAGUCAACAGUACAGAUGCAGAUGAGACUCCAACUUACAGCCUUCAGUCUGAAGCAGGAAGGUUUGAAUGCAGUGUGUCUGGCAUACGGUGGCUCUGUCAGGAAAAGGUCGGUUUGAAGUACCAGUUUUGCUCAUGGGAGGAACCAAUGGAGAGGAUGGAAAACAUUCAGUACAUGCCUGCAGGUCCCCUUAUUGACAUCACAGUAAUUGCUGGGAAGUUAGCUGAAAUAUACCUGCCACACUGGAUCUGCAUAGAUGACAUCCCUAAAAUAUCAGACAAGUUUGCAGUCUUACACAUAAAUGACUGCGGAGACGUUGUGGAAAAAGUGUCUGAGGUCACACCGUCACACGUCAAGUUACCCGAACCAGAUUUCUCUCCGAGAGCGGUCCUGAUGAAAGCUGGCGCUCCAGUGAGCUGGCGCUGUAAGGUGUUAAUAUAUCAGACCAACACAGCGUUCCUGACUCUCCACGUGUAUCUGAUCCCAUGUGAUCCUGCUCUACAACAGGCAGUGGACAAGAUUAAACUAUCCUGUGGAUACAAAGUGAUCCAAAAGCCAUAUCCAGAGAAGUCCCUGAAAAUGGGUCAUCGUUUCAUCCUAACAGCAGAUCUGGAUGGUGCAAAACUCUGUCCUGAAAACUUAAAGCUCAGAUAUGAAAGCAGAGAUCCAAAUUUCUUUGAAGUGUAUGUUGAAAAUCCUGACAGAAACAUCACACUCAGCCUCACAGAAAAAAAUACGCAACAACCAGUCUGGACCUGUGAAAUUCGAAGAGAUGAAUACCAAAGCACUGGUCGUACACAAGGGGAGCACUUUGUGGAUAGACACCAGUGUGAUCUGAUCAGUAGAGUGAGCAACAUACAACCAAUCUUGGAUAAUCUCCUGAAAAAAGGUGUGAUCCAACAAGAAGAGAAUGAUGCAAUCAGGGCCCUCCCGACCACUCAGGAGAAGAUGAGGAAACUCUAUAGUGGUGCCCUGAAAGCUGGCGGACAUGCAGGCAAAGACAUCUUCUACGAAAUCCUCAAGGAGAAGGAGAAACUGCUUGUUGAUGAUCUCCAGAAGAAGGAGUCAUAAAUACUGUGACCGUGGUUUAAGUUUUUGGACCAAACAUAGACUGUGGCUACCUGAACCAAACAGUUUUAUAGAGAGCAUUUAUCCUGGUGCUCUAUCUACCUGGUCUUUUCUAUAUUUUUCUUAAGCUUGACUUUUGACAUUCUGUGGUAUUCAUAAAAGAAUAAAUAAGGUUGCUCAAACAUUUUAUCUAAGAAAAGGAAGAAUGUACAGUAUAUAUAAGGGGAUUGUGGGCCAAUGGCAAAGACAAAUUCUGGUGUCAUGUGCAAAAGACUUCAAAAACCUCCGUAAAGCUACAAGCACAGUUAUAAUCUGACCAUCAGUCUCCCUGUAUUUUAAUAUGUGAAUAAAAGAAUAUCCUCCAGGAAAUUGCAUCACAAACAGCAUCAGAGUAAAUAGGAAUGGAAAUGAAGUCCCAGUUAAACUUGGUGUCGUCAGCGCUGUCGGAAAAACAGGUGGCAGAAUUUGCUUUCCAACUAACGGUUAUGAAAUUCAAGCGUAGUGCCUUCAGGGUGAGACAAGGGAGUGAGUGUCCCCCCACACUCAUGUCAGUCAGGUUGUGAGGAAACAAAAAAACACUUCCUUGCUAUACUAACAUGUUCACUCACUCUGUUUAAGCUCUGUAUUUGGUCUGGACAGCUGAGACACAAGGUGUGUGGACAUGCACUGAGGCCACGGCACCAAUCAACACACUGACAAAACUUCUAAUGUACGAAAGAUGUGGAACAUUUUAACAUAUCUAAGCCCUGUGUGUGUGUCAGACUAGCACACUUGGUAACGACUAAUAAGUUGGAAUUGUUAGUUGAUGUGUUUCUUGUGAAAAAGUGCCAGAUUUAAAUGUAUUUUUCAAUGGCUUUAAGCUGUAUUUCUGAAAGUGUAAUUACUCAGUUACACCACAAGAGGGAGUAUCCACUAAAGUUAGAGCUAGUAUUAGUUGGGCAGAGGCUUAGAGCUAUUGGCUCAAGACUUCUUAGUAGUGAUAUCAUAAUGUCAGGUGAAACGUUUUGUCUCGCAGUGUGUCAGGUGUGAAGUAAUUUCUGUGCUGAACGGCCUAAAACAUACAGCCUGGUUACUGUCACAUAAACUGCAGGUGAUGUGUUAUGGUCUAAGUUUUGUUUUGCUUCUGUGUGUUUGGAGGGUGUCUGCACCCUAGGCCUCUGUUUCUUUCUACAGCACUGCAGGCUAUGACUGGGGGGGCGUGGCUGACCUACUUUCUGGCUGUGUGCAGCUGGGCACACCUGAUGGCACUCUGUAGCCAAUUCACCUCUCCAUAAAGACCGGCUCUUCCUCCACCACUCUGCCAGAUAAUUCCGUCUCAUUCGGUAGUGCCAGGUUCAGGUGGUUUUGUCAGAGUCCUCUGAAAAUUCUUCCUGUUCUGAUCAUUUUGCCUGUGUGUUUCUUCGAUAGGUGCCUUGCCGACGCACCCCUUCUAAGAUCUUCAGCCAGCCUCCAGCAGCGGCAGCCUGCAAAGUUUUUCCUUUGUUGUUUGAAUUUGGUGCACCCUUUUUCUGUGUCUCUGGUGAGACAAUAAAGACAUUGACUAACUGCCUUAACGUCUCCUGCCUUUUUGGGUCCAGCUUAGCAUCCGGGCCGUAACAUGAUGUUGUUGAAGAAGCAGACACCUAUAAAACCAUGUGGAACAGAUGAGUCUGAAUAAUGAGCUUAAAAGAAAACUGUUUACGUCUAUUGAAAAGGGAUAUAUGAGCUUAUUAUUAUUGAUGGUUUGAGAUGGAAAUAUUAUUGCCGAAGAAUGUUGUGAAUUAUGAUUUUGUAUUCUCGAUUUAUUAUUCAUUCAUGUUUCUCAUGCUAUAUUCAUCAACUAACUUGUUUUAUGGAAAAUUAAGUAAGAAGUUGACUAACGAUAUUCUGAAAAUAGUGUUGUAGAAGAAAAAGAUGAUUGUAGUUUGUAUAAAUGGAACCUGAAUGGAGAUUUUGUUUAGAUGACGGAUCAAUAAAUUGUACAUAAAGGAAACCAGUGGCCAGUGGAGGAAAGUAACUAAGUACAGUUACUCAAGUCCUGUACUUAAGUGCAAAUUUGUGUUACUUUGAGUCUUUGCUCCUCACGCCACUUUCUACUUCUACUCCACCUUUAGAGUGAAAUAUUGUACUUUUUUAUCCAUUUUACAGCUUUUGUUACUUUACAAAUAAAGAUUUAAUAUGAGCUCAUAAGA